UGCAGUUCCGGACGCCGCGCUGCGUUUCUCGGGUUCGGUGGGCGGGGUCUGUGAGGAAGAAGGCGGGAAAUCAAACCUCGGGGUGAGCGGCGGACGCGGAGAACUGGCGCAGCGCCGGGAAGUGACGGAAAGCCGGGGGAAGGCGGCUCUGAGCGGAAAGCCGUUAUCCCCUGCAGCACCGAAAACAAAUAAUGUGAAUUUGCAACCCAAGAUGCAGCGAAGCAAAGGGGCAACACAAGGGAGGGGUGUGAAAAUGAAGCCAGCUCGGCCGGCCGUAAAACAACCCCUGGAAAAGGGCACCACAGAUAAACCUUUGGCUGGUAGAGUCUUCUACUUGGAUAUCACUUCAAAACUCGUAUCUGAAAAGUUAGAAAAGGAUAUUAAAGACUUAGGCGGGACUGUUGAAGGUUUUCUCAGCAAAGAAAUAAAAUAUCUGAUUACUAAUAAAAAGGAGGCAAAGUGCACAAAGUCUUUAAAGUAUUCGUGUUCCCUGUCGAGUCCUGAGCCUGCGGCGAAUGCAGGAAGUAGUUCAGCUCAGCCAGGAAGUCGUCGGGGAGGAAUCCAGGAAGCAGGCUCCAGUAAGAAACCAGAAAAGAAUGAUGUCAGCCGUGGAAAGUCUUUACUGAAAAAGGUUAUUAAGCAACAGGAAAUUCUUUCAAAAAACAGCAUAUUGGCUAAUGCCUGGAACUGGGGAGUCCGAAUUCUGCAUGUGGAUGAAGCAAAAAUUUAUAUAGAACAGAAAAAGAGAUUGUUGCAACAAGGGAAACAACCUGAAGCGGCUUCUAAACCAGUGGUUAAACAACCAGUACGUCGAAAACCAAGAGCACAGAAAUUGAAGAGCCCCUACAUCAAGGUGGAAGACCGCAGUUGCCAGUACAGACCGCUAUAUCUAGUGCUUCCAUGCUUCCGAUCUUUUCAGUCUUCGCCUUCCAAGCUGUGCCAGUCAGUGGAAAAGAAAGCUGCAACCGCUAAUAAAGCUACAGACACAAAGCAAGGUUUAAACAAGACUUGGCACGGGCAAGAUGGUGGAAACAAUUCACAUUGUAUAAUGAGGGAGAAGAAGCGUGGAUACUGUGAAUGUUGCCUACAGAAAUACGAUGAUCUUGAAGCUCAUGUUGUAAGUCCGCAACACAAAAACUAUUCUCAGGGACCUAAUUAUCAAGAUGUGGAUAAUCUCAUCUCCAUGUUUGAUUUUGACUUUGUGGACUGGUCAGUGUGUAGACAAGAAGCUAAAAGUUCUGUAUUGAUGCCGACUGUGACUGUUGAUUGGCAUGAAAAGGAGAUUGCAGAAAAGUAUCAGCAGGUUUACGAAAAAAUACCUUCAUCUGGAAGGCUGACACCAGAAACCGUACAGAGGACUGAGUUUGAGGAUCCACUUGCUGCUGCUGACAACUGUCUUGUGAAUAACAUCCAGAGCCCUGAACCUAUGGAUUCUGUUUUUUGUCCAGUUCAGAUUGUGGAAAACCAUGCUUGUGCAUCGGACAGCUUUGACAUCCCUCCUGGAACACCGGCCUUUCUACCAUAUUCUGAAAAGUCCCUGACCCAUGUCGGUGACACCGUAGCCGUAUGUGAUGGGAACACCCAUCGUCCUGUUCAUACCUCACAAGAAUUAACACUGGGGAUAUCUGCCACACCUAUCCAAGAAUGUUCACCUGAGCCUGUAUAUGAAUAUCCAAGUAAAAAGAUGAAACUGGAUGGUUCCUUGGUUUCGGAAACUUUGUAUUGUGAACCUCUGGAUGCUAAUCAUGUGACUAAACCAGUAAUGGACUCUGUACCUAAGGGGUUGGAGACAGCCUGUCUAUUAAACCGUUCAGAUGGAUUACAUGACCAAAGUCUGCAAAGCUCCCCCAGCCAACUGCACAGAAAGGUGAAAAGAUUGGAGCGCAAGGCAAGAAAGCAGGUGGACCUCUCUGCCAUGCCUGUGGAGGGCCUCUCUGCCAUGCCUGUGGAGGGCCUCUCUGCCAUGCCUGUGGAGGGCCUCUCUGCCAUGCCUGUGGAGGGCCUCUCUGCCAUGCCUGUGGAGGGCCUCUCUGCCAUGCCUGUACGCAAGGUGUCUGUUCCUGUGGAAGAUCAUGAAUCUGGUUCAUACAGAGAAAGACUUUUAUCAUUAUUUGAGACCAGUGAAGUGCAGUCUGAGUUCUGUGGGUUCUCUUGCAAGUCUGGGAGUUUACCUCAUGGUACGGAUGUCAAAGAGGGACAUCCAUCUUCCAAAGAUGACUUUAUUUGGUGCUGCUUUUCAACCACAAGUUCUUCUGUUGAGACGUUUUAUGGGUUUUAAGAGGAUUUUUUGUUAAUGUCCAAAAUUGAGUUUGUACAUUUUUAGAGUAUUUUGGUCUUUUCAAGUAAAUGCUUUUUCUAUUAGUACAAUGAACAGUACACACAA